AUGGACCAUGAUCCGACCUCUCUAUCGUCUCGAGCAGGAACAGUACUCUCGGAACCGUCAGACAACGAGCAUCUCAAUAUAUCGCCCAAUUGGCCGCCGGCAUCAUCCUCUUGCAAUGAACGUGACGGACGAAUUCAUCCUCGAACACGCCCAGCGUACCUGCGCCUCGUCGCUGCGUACAGGCCUCCUCCCACUCCCGCCUCAAAAGAGGGUGGCGGGACCAAGGACGAUGCCGGCAUUGUCAUCGUGACGCGGCUGCGGCCUAUGCUCGGCGACGAGCUGUCUUCGGGCAUGGUGCCUGGCCUCUUCCCUCGUGAGCACACGACGGGCCAUGUCGACCUUCACGAGCUGAGGCGGCCGGUCAGGGGGUUGCCGGGUCUGAAUUCCUUCAACUACCGCGUCGACAAGUUCUACGGCGUUGACACGUCUUCCGAGGACAUCUACCACGACCUGGUCCACCCCCUCGUGGCCUGGGCCUGGGGCGGCGGCGUCAGCACCUUCUUCGCCUACGGCCAGACGGGCUCGGGCAAGACGUACACCGUCAGCGCCCUCGAGCGCCUCGUCGCUGAGACGCUGACGGCCGGCACGCUGGAGGGCCGGCGCGAGAUGCACGUCUCCAUCGUUGAGCUCGCCGGCAACGCCGCCGCCGACCUCCUCAACGCCCGCAAGCCCGUCUCCGUCCUCGAGGACUCAACGACGCGUCGUCGCGCUCCCUUUGGCAUCUGCCGCCUGCGCCUCGCCAACCCGGCCCUGCCCGAUGCCGACGAUGGCCUGCUCUACCUCGUCGACCUCGCCGGCUCCGAGGCCGCCCGUGACGUAGCCACCCACGGCGCCAACCGCAUGCGCGAGACGCGCGAGAUCAAUGUCAGCCUGUCCGUCCUCAAGGACUGCAUCCGCGGCCGCGCCGCUGCCGACCACGUCACUGCCGCCGCCGCCGCCGCCGGCCAGAAAAAGACAAAGCCGCCCUACGUGCCCUUUCGCCAGAGCGCCCUGACCAAGUCCGGCACACCACCCGUCGUCCCGCAGCUCCUCGCCCCCUCCGAGUCGGGCGCGCAGCUCCUCCGCCUGCCCGUCCCCGAGUUCCUCACGCGCUGCCUCCGCAGCCCCGGCGUGACCGACGACCAGGCCCGCGCCUUCCAGGCCAAGUUCUGGCGCCUCCACGUCGACUCGCAGCGCGCCACGGCCGCACCCGUUAAUACCAAGGCCGCCGCGGCCCCUGAAAAGAUGGGCAUGUCGAGCGCCGACCCGCGACCCGACAUGGCGGGCGUGCCGUUCACCGAGCGCAUACGCCCCGGCCUCGUCGUCGCGUUUGAUCCCCCCGCCGACAUGCCCAUGCCGCUGCCGGGGCGCAACCUCGCCGUCGUGCUGGGCGCCGACGAGGGGCAGGCGCAGGGCCGGUACACCUGCGCCCGGGUGACGCCUGGGUUCAUGCCCAACGCGUUCGAGGUCAAUUUGUGGCGGCAGGUUGUCGUGCCCGUCGAGCGCAUGGUGGCCGAGGUGCUGCUCGAGUAUGAUGUGGCGACGCGGUAUUACUAUGAAACGCUGUAG